AUGGGCCUGCAGGUAGCGCCUUACAAGACCGAGGCGCUAUUCAUGCAUAGGGGGGAGCAUGGGGCUCCCCCCGCUGAGGCUCAUGUCACUGUAGGUGACAUCUCCGUUCGGGUGAGAGACCGACUUAAAUAUCUCGGUCUCUACCUGGACGCGGCUUGGAGUUUUGGCGGGCACUUUGAGCUCCUGGCCCCCAGGGCGGAGUCGGUGGCAAUUAGCCUGAGCCGACUCUUGCCCAAUCUUGGGGGCCCGGAUGGCCGAGUGCGCCGCCUAUAUGCGAACACCGUCCGGGCGGUGGCCCUUUAUGGGUCACCGGUGUGGGCGGACGCCCUGAUGACCAAAAGGUGCGGCAGGAUGCUGCUGCGCCGAGUAUUUCGGAGGGUGGCCAUUAGGGUUGUCCGCGGUUACAGGACGGUGUCGCACACGGCGGCCACAUUGUUGGCGGGGACGCCGCCCGUCGAGCUCUACGCUGACAUGUACGCACAUGUGUACAGGCGUACGCGGGAGUUCGGCGGAUAG